AAUAAAGUGAUCAAAUGAGGCUAAAUGUUGGCCUUUUGGGGAGGCCUCUCGGGGAGUGGAUAAAGACCCAGUGGUUGCCCUGGUAACAUGGCAGAGGACUUCUUUACGCAUCAGUCCAGACUCGGUCUAGACCCAAACCAAACCAGUCAUCUUUACCUGGUCCAGACUCCAGGGCCUCGUCCUCAGAGGCAAUGAACGAGUUACAAGACUCGGGUUUGGAGGACGUGUUUUCACUGCACCAUGAGGACGACAGCCUUUUACUCGACGCUAGCUCUUCAGGUCCGGAUGAUAUUUUCGAGGAGGACUUAUACUCUCCCUCGUCCCUGUCCAGCUGCUCUUCCUCGGCCCUGGCAGUGACCUCUGUGCGGGGCAAUCCUGUGUGCUCCUCCUGCGGCCUGGACAUAGUGGACAGAUACCUGCUCAAGGUAAAUGAUUUGUGCUGGCAUGUGCGCUGCCUCUCAUGCAGUGUGUGUAACACAUCACUGGGCCGUCAUGUGAGCUGCUACAUCAAAGACAAACAAGUCUUCUGCAAAUUGGACUACUUUAGGAGGUAUGGAACUCGCUGUGCGCGCUGUGGCCGCAACAUAAACUCCAGUGACUGGGUGCGGCGUGCAAGAGGCAGCACUUUCCACCUGGCCUGUUUCUCCUGCACCUCCUGUAAGAGACAGCUGUCCACUGGGGAGGAGUGUGGACUGUUGGAGAACCGCAUCUUCUGUCGAACACAUUAUGACAUAAUGAUGGAUAAUAUAAAGCGGGCCAGAGAAAGUGAGCAACACAGAACUGAAGAAGAGAUGUCAGACAAGGAUUCAAACUCUGUGCCUAGACCAGCUAAAAGAGCUAGAACUAGUUUCACCGUUGAACAGUUACAGAUAAUGCAAAACCAAUUUGCCAAAGAUAAUAACCCUGAUGCCCAGACUCUGCAGAAGCUGGCUGAGCAGACUGGUCUCAGUCGGAGAGUUAUACAGGUUUGGUUUCAGAACUGCAGAGCUCGUCAGAAGAAGCAUGUCAAUCCACUUCCUGCUGCCACAGCCCUGAUGACUCUAUGCCCUGAUCAGCUGAGCCCUCUCAUGGAUGACCUUCAGUACAGCACAUAUCUGUCUUCAGAUACUCCACUCCUCACCACACUUACCUAUGUGGACGUUCCUAAUGCAGAUCCGCUGUUGCUGCAGCCGCUCCUCUCUCACUCUUUGACACAGCUGCCAGUCAGCCACGCCCAAGACUACUCAGAAGAUUAAUGCCACAGCCAUAAUGCACUCUUUCCUGAAGAAGUCCGUCUAAGGCUUUUUGUAAUCUGAAUAUGGAAGAAACUGAAUUUCAGUUCAAAACUCAAGAUGAUAUUAUUUCAGUUUAACAUGAAUUUAGAGGUGUGUUAAUGUCAAAUAUGGCUUUAUGCUUAAUGCAAUGUAUUUGUAAGCUACUUAAUUUAUUUUGAAUAAUAUAAUGAGAUUAGGCACUUUGUUGGAAAAUGUAGGACAACUUAAGUAUACAUUUAAUUUAAGGAUACGUGUUUAAUUUAAAAAGGGUGUUGAAAGUAUUAAUUUUCAAUUUUGACAUGGUGAAUAUAAGUUUGAAUAUCAACC